AAAUGUAGUUUAUAAAGAUGUUUAAACUAGGUUAUCUAUACCAGUAAGAAAAUGUGUCUGUGGUUCUAUGAGUUUUGUUUGCUGUGGAUAACUGGCUAGCUGAAAAAGUUCACAUAAACAUAGUCCAGCUGGCUGGACAACAAUGCACAUCCCUCUCAGCUUAUCUGAAGUAAAGCAAAAAUGCACUGUCUUUGGCUGUUCUUGUUACACAGUAACAGGAAGAUCGAGGUGGGAAAAGAAUGUUACAGGUGGGAACAGAUAACUACAGAAGAGAAACUAGGGGCGGGCUUGGUAUUUAGGCAACUAACCAAUAAUGAGCUUAACUUUUGUAAUAUGUAUGAGCUAAUUAUAACAAGGCAUAAAAGGUGACUGUAAGGGACAAUAAAUGAAGUCUGCUGAUCACUCAUAUUGAGUGACUGCGUCUUCCCUCCGUCGCGACAGUUUGCUGCUUGGACUUAGUGUGUAGCAAAAACUGGAAUGAUUUUGCUUUGUGGAGAGAUCACAUCCAAGGCUAUAGUAGAUUACCAACAAAUUGUAAGAGAGACUAUUAAGAGGAUAGGGUAUGAUGACUCUUCCAAAGGACUGGACUACAAGACUUGCACAGUUUUAGUGUCCUUAGAACAGCAGUGUAAAGAGAUCAAGCAUGCUGUCUGCCAUGGCAAGACCGAUGAUGACAUUGGAGCAGGUGAUCAGGGUUUGAUGUUUGGCUAUGCCACCGAUGAAACUGAGGAAUGUAUGCCCUUAACAGUCCUCCUGGCACACAAAUUGGCUGCAAGGAUAAAGACUUUGGAACGAAAUGGAACAUGGCCCUGGGUUAGACCAGAUGGGAAAACACAGGUCACAAUGGAAUACAAGGAGAGUAAUGGUGCAGUGGAGCCCAUCCGAGUGCACACACUUGUUAUUUCAGUUCAUCAUGCCCCAGACAUACCUCUACAACAAAUACAGAAGGAGCUAAUGGAGAAAGUUGUUAAAGAAGUAAUUCCACGGAAGUAUCUUGAUGAGGGCACAAUUUAUCAUCUCCUUCCAAGUGAAAAGUUUAUAGAAGGUGGUCCUAAGAGUGAUGCUGGACUGACUGGCAGGAAGAUCAUUGUUGAUACCUAUGGAGGCUGGGGAGCCCAUGGUGGAGGUGCAUUCUCUGGAAAAGAUCCCUCCAAAGUUGAUCGUUCUGCAGCAUAUGCAGCUCGCUGGAUUGCAAAAUCUCUGGUGAAAGCUGGUCUCUGUAAAAGAGUAUUAAUCCAGCUGUCAUAUGCUAUUGGUCUGAGUCAUCCUCUUGCGAUCUCAGUGUUUCAUUACGGAACGUCAGACAGAUCUGAAGAAGAACUGCUUGAGAUUGUGCAGAAAAACUUUGAUCUACGCCUUGGAGCUAUCAUAAGGGAGCUGGAUUUGAAGAAGCCAAUCUAUCAAAAAACAGCAUGCUAUGGGCACUUUGGGAGAGAAGAAUUUACAUGGGAAAUACCCAAAAAGCUUGUGUAUUAAGCUUUUCAGAAUGUGUUAUGUAAUAGACAGGUGGUUUAAUAAUCAGGUAAAAUUUCAAGCUGUUUAAGGAAAGACUAUCUACUCUUUUUUAAAUGACAUUCUAAUUAUCUGAGCCGACUUCCACAACUACAGCGUUAAUUAUGGUCCUUCUAGUCCAAGCAAAUUAGUCAAAAUACCCAUUUUGGAACACUGUUCACUGUAACCCCAAAUAUACUUAGCUACGAGAUAGUGUUGUCUGUUUGCUUUUAACUUUACAGUUUUGUAGGCAUAUCUGUGAAAAAUACUCAACUGUUAUGUUGCAAAUCUUUUACUAAUUUAUAGUUACUCCUUUGCAAACUGAAAUUGUCUAUGUCUGCGUGAAUUGCAAUUGGCUGUAUAAAGUUUCAAUUAAGUUUCAUUUGGCCACUUCUAAAAUGUAAAACAAUUUGUAAAAAAAACAUGUAGGAUAUUACCUUCCUUUGACUUCUCUGACUGAAAGCACUAUAUAUGUAUAUAUAUAGAAUUCAAAAUCAUUUAGCUUCUCUUCAAGGACUAGAGAGCAUGAAAAGGCUUGUAUACAGAAAGUAGCAAUUCUGGCAAGCAAAUUUAUCAUAAAAUUUUGAAGUAUAACAAUGUUAAACGCUGUAACUGCAUUACUUAGCUGCAAUUACUCAAUAUCAGGGAAUUUUAAUAGACAAACAAUAUGGCUACUCUGUCCUCAAUAAGGGAAAAAUACAGGCUUCAGGGGUAAGUCUGAUCAAAUGGAAGUAGUUGAAUAUAGCAUUAGUCUUGAGCAAGUUUUAAAAAGCUGCUUCCUUUCACGUAAAGACUGAUUGAUCCACUGCUCCUUUGACAGACCAGAGCUGAAAUGAAGUAAUUGUACAGCUGUACCUGCACCUUUUGUGGCCUGGUACAGUUAACCCAACAGUGGUCUGCAGUCAGUCUUGUGACCUACAAAAAAGGUGCUUUUUUGCUUCCAUAAGAAAACCAAAUUUGUUCCUGGAAUAAAAGCUGAAAUUCUUUUGUGGGCUUUUUUUGAGUUUUUUAUUUAAUGAAAACUUGUUUUUAUCAUAGGAUCCUGGACACUUGUCUUUGCCUGAAACUAAUCCAGUUUAAUAUGCAUAUGGCCAUGCAGGUGUAAAAUAUGUCUUUAAACUUCAUUAAAAUUUGUUCAAACUGGUAUUGUCUAGGAAAUAGUAAUGUAACUUGCUAAAAAUUUUUAAAUGCUUUUAGUAAUACAGGGGUACAAUAUUUAAUUGGCAAGAGAUUGCAGAGAUCACUAUAUAGUAAACUGACUAUAAUGACCUUCUGAAAGAGAUUUCGCUAAAUGGGCAUGUAGUCUCAAUUUUACUAGCUGUUCAAUUAGAGCUAGUAUGAAUUUUACUGUCAUGAUGCUUCACACUUCCAGAAUUGAAUAGUGCUUUGGUAAGAAGCUGUGAUGCUUUGUUUCUCACAGGAUAAGACCAUUUUGAUAAUGAAAAAGUCUCUUAUUAAAUUCAACAAGGAAAUUAUUUGUUCAAUGGAGGUGUCUUUUAAUCACUGCUUAUUGUGAAAAAGAAAAAGCAGAGCUUAGGCUUUUCUGUUAGAAAGCUGGAGCCUACAGGAGCCGAAUUGGACCACGGUGAGUUUCAGACAGUAAGAACACAUUUCUGUUACACUUCUUUCACCUUGCUCUCUGGUUUCCUAUAAAAGACUUGAGGUCAAAGUGACAGAGCUUUUCUUUAAGGAGUUGGAUAGUCCCUGUCUCCAGACUACAAACCUUUCUUUCCCUUUGUUGUUGAUUUGUGUUUCAAAGUAGCCAGGAGCAUGUUUUGCUGAUUGACUGGAUACCAAGCGAAAAUGAACUCUAAAACAAAUAUAAGAAUAAAUGCAGUUUAAUGUAUUACAGUAUAAUAAAGGAAAAUAUGCAAUAUGAUAAAAUGAAACAGUUAUUAUGCACAAUAUGAUAAGAGAGCAAUAGGAGUGAAGCAUCAAAUCAUUACUGCAAAGUGUUACAAAGAAAAGGAUGCAUCACCGAUUACCACCUUAAUAACAUCACCCAGGCCCACACCUCAGCUGUGAAGCCAUGUUGCAGCUGGUGCCAGGAGUCUUCCUGUAACUGGGAAAUUCCUAUGCAGUGCAUCCACCUGUACAUGAGGCUUCUGGCCCAGUCCUGGGGCUUGCCUGCCUUUGUACUCAGUGGAAAACAAAAACAACUUUUUAUAAGUUAUAAUUAACAAAAAUAACAAAAAAAACUUUUAAGUUAUGGUAAGUGCAGAUGUGUACUAUCUCAUGAUUCACAAGGUUCAAACAUGCCAGGGAUGUUGGCCAGAGCGGCAUGCAGUAUUUAUUGUCUGGAUGUUCCUGCUUAUAUCUUGCUUGUUCAGGGGCCUCAGGACAAACCCUACCUGCCCAUUAAAGUUGUCCUUGAGCUUCUGAGCUCCCUGUCCAAGUUAAACAAUUCCAAAUGAAAUACAAAGACUUUUUCAUAAUCAGUAAUUGAUUUAAUACAUUUUCACCACAUUUGGUCCUUUGAUUAUUGCUCAUGAAAAACAUACAAUAAAGGUAUCAUCAUAGGA